UGGAGAGAAAAAAAAAAUUAAGAAAAAAACAAAAACAAAAAUAAAAAUAAAGAAAAAAAAGAAAGAAAGAAAGAAAGAAAGAAAACUUUAAAAAAAAGCCAACAUAACUGGGCAAGAUCAAUAUCAUGUGAUUGUGCGCUUGAGAGGGGUGGGGUCUGCAGAUUUACUUAAAUCUGUAUUUUAAAUAUUCAUCUUAUUGUUUUAUUUAUUGUGUACUUGAACACCGGUGUUGAUGAUGAAGAUGAUGAUGAUGAUGAUGAUGUGGUGGUGGUUCUCUGCUCUGCAUCUCCGCCUCCUCCUCCGGCUCAAACAGCACGUGGGCCACACCGCUGCUGACGAGCUGUCAGAGCUUUGCGCAUGCGCGUUGAGAUGAUGGGAAUUUCCAACAGCUGAGGAGGCGUAGCUAGCUAGCCACGACUAGCAACUUGUUAAAGCUUGGGAGACGGCUCAGAAGAAAUCACACAAUCAAUAAAUGAGUCUUCAUGAUGAGUGACCUUGAACUCUGCACAUGCUGAAACCAGGGGAUGGAAUAGAUCUGCAUUAACAGAACGUGAAGCAAAAGCUUCAUCCUGACCUCAUCUUGCCCAAGUCGACAUAGGCCUGUUUGUCUGGAAACAAGUCAGGCUUUAAAGCCAACACCAGAGAUGCCCGUGAGAAGGCACCCCUACAGGCUGCAGCCUAGCUACGCCAACUGAAAGCACGAAACAACUGCAUCUCUUGUCUAAAAGGAUGUGCUGCUGAUUGGAUGCAAAAUCUCAUUCCUCUUCCACCUCUCCAAAAUGUUAUUAACGUUGAGUGUGUGCCAGCGUUUACAGUGAAUUAUGGUGACCAAAAAUGGUGCUUGAAUGUGGCAUCGUGGUGCAGAGUAUGCUAAAAGGGGUGAGGCUCUCUCAGAAAAGUAUAACGGCCGACUGAUAGUCUGCUGUCGAUAAUGGAUGCCAAGUUAAAAGAGGACCUGUUUCGAAGGUAUGUGACGGCCCUGGAGAGGCGUCUGGAAAAUGGAGGGGAAUACACAGGGAUUGGAAAUGCACCAGAGGGGGACAGAGGGAGACACAAGGACAGUGAAGCACUACUCUCCACAGCUACAGCUCUGUUAGGGGCCUACCAGCCAGAUCCGGGACAACGUUUCCGGAUGGUGCGUUUCUAUGAAGUGGUGGAGAAUUCUCUCCGCUGCCAGAGAGGGGGCAAUAUCAAGAGCCUGGAGAGAGCCUUCCACACACUGGAAACCAUCUGCACCAACCUCUUGCUCUUCCCCUGGAAGAAGGAGUUCAGAUGUAUAAAGACCUUCACUGGCCCAUAUGUGUACCAUCUUCAGUCUGCCAUUUCUGAUGCUGAACUCCGAACUCUAAUGCGCACCAUCGGCUAUGCCUGUGACCAUGAUUCGCAGUUCCAUUUGCAGGAGCACCCCGGAGGCACAAAUCAUCUCCGGCAGUUGGCGUUUGAGCUCUUCCUGGCCCAGGCGGAGUGUCGUCUUCUGGGAGAGGUAGUGGCUCUGGCUCGUGGUUCAGCCUCAGAGCUGGAGGCCCUGGAACUCCGCAGAGGUUGCAGAGAUGAUGCAGCUGGCUGCGCCGAGGCGCUCCGCAGACGCGACAGCCUUGGGGCAGAUAUGGCUCGACUGUCUGUGCGGCCGCUGGAUAUAGAGAGGCCUCAUGCCCACCACCUGAGGCGAGGUAGCCGACCGUCUAAGUCUGUGGAUGUUACAGAUGGGGCUGGUCACUGGCACGCAGCAGUUAGCAAGCCUGUCUUGAAGGCCUCAUUGAGUCUGAGGAAGGAGCCUCUGUUUGUGGAUGCAGAGGAGGAUAUGAAGGAUGAGAUCAUCAGGCCCAGCACCUCAGCAUCUCUCUUCUCUGUGGCCGCACCGCCUUCCUAUAGCCCUGUUGCGGAUUUCUUCCCAAUUCAGUCCCCUCCCCCAGCCGAUGCUUACACCUCCUACCACCUAUCGUCUUUGGAUGAGAUUGACUUGUACACAGAGAGGGGUGUUGGGACGGGAGGGCGGCAGACCCCCUCUCGACCUCCAUCCAGAGAGCCUCGGGAUGUAAGGGAUGCGUGGCUGCUCAAAGCUCAUGGUAGUGUCAAGUGUCAGGGCUGUGGGCUGGGCUGCUCCUCUAUGGCCUCCUGCCAGAGAUGUGACAUGAUCCUCUGUUCUACCUGUCACGACGUGGACCCCUCCCCUUGCUGCGGCCUCCAGGACUACCACCCCAAAUCCCCACGACCCCUCGAUGGAUACAUUCCUGUCAAGGAAAAGCUCUCUGUCUAUUCUAACACUCACUCCCACUCCCAUCUCCAUCCGCACCCCCUCACGCUGACCCACUCACACUCUCACCCGCACCCUCACCCCCAGAUGGUGGAGAAACCCCUCAUGUCCACUAAGCUGUUUGCAAGCAAGUCUGUUGCCUUGACAACGCCAAAGGGAGGCAGCAGCGAGCGACUAAGCAUCGGGGGAUCGCGAUGCGGGUUUUGCAACAAGCCAGGGGCGUCACACACCUGUGUGAACUGCUCUAAGGUGUCAUGUGACUCGUGCAUGGGCUUGUAUGCAAAGGACAUCUGCACGCGGAAGAAUCCCCAGCACAGCUUUGUGCCCAACCAUCAGCUCAACUUCAAAUCCGGCACCAUAUCUCACCUGGUGUACCGAUGAAUCAGGCAGACAGAAUAUUUGUUUCUCCCUUGUAGUCCCCUCCCUCAACCUGCUGCAUAGUCUUGCACUAUUGCUUCAGCUCUGUUCCCGUUUAAAACAAUUCAUUCACUAUCUUCCCCUUUAUCUGAUGGUCUUUUUGCUCUCUUGAACUUUGUACAUUUUCUCUAACUGUCAGUAGGGCCCUGGAAUGCACAUGCCACAGAGAGCCAUAUCGUCUGCCCAUCUCUCUGCCUUGUACAAGUUCAGGCCUUUUAUCUAUUUCUUCUUCCUUUUACCUUGCUACCUGCUCUUGAGUAGUCAUGUGAUGUUGUAGCGCUUCCCCAAUUCCUCAAAUUUUGUCCUCCUCAAAAGGGAAACUGGAGAAAAGGGAGUUUAAUUCCUUCUCAUUUUGAAUGAAUUCUGUCCAAAUGAACAUAUAUUCUUUGCCUAACUUCUCAGCUAAAAAUUCCUCUAUAUAUAUAAUAUAUAUAUACAGUAUAUAUGUGUGUGAGAGUGUGUGUGAGGGUGUGUGUGAGAGUGUGCGUGCGUGUGUGUGUGUAGAAAAGACCUCUGAGCUUGCAUUGUGACACCGGAGAUCUUUUUAAACUUGAAAAAUAAUAGGGAAAAACAGAGAAAACAUACACUGGAAGUCAAUAAGUCAAUAGUAUAUAUUUUUAAUCUCUAUUCUCUAGAACAAUGUGAGACUGUUAAAUGGGCAUGAGGUCUGGCAUUGGGAUUUUUUGGGGUGUAAACUUAUGUCUGUGGGCGUGGGGUGGGAGAUAUCUCAAAGGGACAUAUUGAGCCAAUGGCCAGAUGCCAUAUAUUCUAUUUAAAAGAUUAUGCCUUGUAAAUUAACCCUCAAUUGUUUCUGGUUAUAUGACUGAGGUUUAAAUGCUGCCGUUGACUUGAGACAUUGAA